AUGACUCAGUCUAAGUCCCUGGCCCAGGUCAGGGCCUGGAUCCGAAUCCGCAACCUCCUAGCCCGACAGUGCUUGGCUGAAUUUCUGGGUGUCUUUGUACUCAUGCUCAUCACACAGGGGGCAGCGGCUCAGGCUGUUACCAGUGAAGAAACCAAAGGCAACUUCUUCACCAUUUUCCUGGCAGGCGCCAUGGCUGUGGUGAUAGGCAUCUACGUGGCAGGCAAUGUCUCAGGGGCCCACCUGAAUCCUGCCUUCUCCUUGUCCCUGUGCCUCACCGGUCGUCUACCUUGGGCCAAACUUCCCAUCUACAUACUGGUGCAGCUACUUGCUGCCUUCUCCGCUUCGGGAGUAACCUAUGUCCUCUAUUAUGAUGCUCUGCAGAACUAUACUGGUGGAAACCUGACAGUGACUGGCCCCAAAGAGACAGCCUCUAUCUUUGCCACCUACCCAGCCCCUUAUCUGUCCCUGGGAAAUGGCUUCCUGGACCAGGUUCUAGGCACUGGCAUGCUGAUCAUGGGCAUCUUUGCCAUCACAGACACCAAGAAUAAGGGGGUGCCUGCGGGACUGGAACCAGUGGCAGUUGGGCUGCUGAUUCUGGCCAUCAACCUCUGCAUGGGUGUCAACUGUGGUGUCCCACUCAACCCUGCUCGAGACUUCGGACCUCGGCUCUUCACCUAUGUGGCUGGCUGGGGACCUGAGGUCUUUAGUGCUGGCAAUGGUUGGUGGUGGGUGCCUGUGGUGGCUCCCAUGGUAGGCGCUGUGUUGGGCACUGCUGCAUACCAGUUGCUGGUGGGUCUGCAUCAUCCUGAGGAUCUGGAGCCUGCCCGGUAG